AUGGCCGCCGUUAACGGGUACCAGGGAAACACUCCGGCUGAUCCUCCGGCAUCAAAUGGAUCAAAGCAACCAGCGCCUCCGACUAAGACUGUUGACAGCCAGUCUGUUCUCAAAAGGCUGCAAUCUGAAUUAAUGGGCUUGAUGAUGGGUGGUGACCCGGGAAUAUCAGCUUUCCCAGAGGAAGACAACAUAUUCUGCUGGAAAGGAACAAUCACAGGAAGCAAAGAGACUGUGUUCGAAGGAACUGAGUACAGACUCUCACUCGCCUUCUCCAAUGACUAUCCUUUCAAGCCUCCAAAGAUCAAGUUCGAGACAUGUUGCUUCCACCCUAAUGUUGAUGUCUAUGGCAAUAUCUGCUUGGACAUUCUUCAGGAUAAAUGGUCAUCUGCUUAUGAUGUGAGGACAAUACUACUGUCCAUUCAGAGCCUUCUGGGAGAACCGAACAUCAGCUCACCAUUGAACACUCAAGCAGCUCAGCUCUGGAGCAACCAAGAAGAGUAUAGGAAGAUGGUUGAGAAGCUCUACAAGCCUCCCAGUGCAUGA